AUGAAACCAGCGUCGGUCUCAUGUUUUAUUAUUCCAGCAGAUCCCGAGUUGUUCCUACAUGUUGUAUUCACCGGGUUUGUCUGUACACUAUGUGUCAUUUAUUCUGACCAGCUGCCAGAGCUGUUGGAAGAGUUUGUUACUGCCGCUGUCACCAUCUAUUUUGAAGCAGUGAGAGUAAUGGUCUUAGCCAUGAAUAUUCAUGUUAUUAUUGUUGCGAUUCAAGAGAUAAAAAAAUCGGAUAAGAAAAGACAAGCCCCCUCAUCACUAACACAAAUCAGAAGUGAACUAGGUCGACCGAGCAGUAAUAGGGAAGAAAAGAAAUCUCUAACAUCAUUUGCAGUAUUUAUAAAGAACUUCAUCAUAGAAUUUUCUAGAAUGCUGUGGGAUUUUGCAGGUAGGAGCCACUCUGUCAACAAUGCAGAGUCAAGAUCGCAUAAACCUGCAGACAUUCUUGCUAGAUUGGACAAUUUCUUACUGAGACCACCUGGAAGAUAUCAACGACAGUUAGAACCUAUUUAUGAAAAUGACUUUUUUGAUGCUAAUGACAAUAAUCGAGAAAAUUGUACGAGAACAGCAUUAUCAUUAUCAGAGUUGCACUCUUCUGACAAUAUCAAUUUUGACAUCAAUGACAUGCCUGAUGACAUCCUGACUAGAUUGGAAAACUUCUUUCAGAAAUCACCUAAACAACAGAGUGAACUGGUUCAUAUCAGUGACGUGUUUGAUCAUACUUCUGAUAUUCAUGAAGAGUUACCAGAAUCAGUAUCACCAGCACAGUUACACUAUCAUGACACCAUGGAUUGCGAUGUAAAUGACAUGUCUGAAGACAUCCAGACUAGAUUAGUACAAUUCUUUCAGAGACCACCUGGUGAAUUUGGACAAAAGACUGAACCAGUUUAUAUCGAUGACUCCUUUUAUUAUAGUGAUGAUAUUUGUGAAGAUUUAAAACAAACAUCACCACAGUUACACUAUCAUGAUGCCAUUGAUUGUAGUAUUAAUGAUAUGUCUGAAGAUAUCCAGACAAGAUUGGACAACUUUUUACUGAGACCACCUGGUGACAAUGUCAGUACUCAUGCAAAUUCACUACAAACAGUGUCCUCACCACAUUUACACUAUCAUGAUGCUAUGGCUUCUGAUGAUAUGCCAGACGAUAUCACCAACUAUGAUAUGCCAGACGAUAUCACCAACUAUGAUAUGCCAGACGAUAUCACAGACUAUGAUAUGCCAGAUAAUACAAGCCUAUUGCACAACAGCAGCUUUGAUUCUUUAUCAAUUUCUACUGGGGAUAGUGACACGAGCCAAUCAACGGAAAAACUUCGAUCAAGACUUUGGGCCAACUUUAGAAGGAGAAAAGUUUUUGGUAAAUUCAGAUCAAAGCAUAAAGGUUAUGACAUGCUAAACAAAGAUGAACCUGAAGAUGCAUCUUUAAAUGGCUUCCUGGAGACAGAAUGA